AUGGGCUACGAGUAUGCAUUGGUGUAUGUCAUCCAUUCGCACGCAAAGUACACAAUUCCUCCCGCCCUCGUCCUGACGGCUCUGUACAGGCCACUCCUCACUAAGAUCGAUGUCUACAAAAUCCUAUUCCUCGUGACAAUCGCCGUCGUCUCCACUACCCCAUGGGACUCGUACCUCAUCCGCACUGGCGUCUGGACCUAUCCUAGUCACGUGAUUGUUGGCCCAAAAUUGUUCGAUAUCCCCUUCGAGGAAGUCUUUUUCUUCAUUAUCCAAACCUACAACACCUCCUUGUUGUAUCUGCUACUGAGCAAGUCGACAUUCCAGCCAGUAUACCUCCGUGUUGAAGCAUCCUCGCGGAAUCGCCAGUGGCCUUGGUACCGCACUUUCGGCCAGAUCUUUUUACUCGGUGUCAUCGGUUGGGCAUAUAUUAUUCUCAAAGCUCAAGGCUCUGGUACAUAUACAGGAUUGAUCCUGGUCUGGGCUGUUCCGUUUCUACUUCUCUUAUGGACCCUGGCAUAUCAAUUCAUUCUUGGACUGCCACUGUCUAACACACUAAUUCCCAUUGCCGCGCCUACCUUGUACCUCUGGAUUGUUGACACUCUUGCCUUGAAACGAGGCACGUGGGUGAUCAGUUCGGGAACUAAGUUUGGCGUCUACCUCUGGGAUGGCCUGGAGAUCGAGGAGGCCAUCUUCUUCCUCGUGACCAAUAUCCUCAUCGUCUUCGGUCAGGUGGCAUUCGACAAUGCCUUGUGUAUUCUGUACACAUUUCCCAGUAUAUUCCCGAACCCGCCCCUGGUGCCCUCUCCAGCACUUCUUGUCAAGGCCCUACUCACCGCAUCCUCCAAGUAUGACGAGGCACGACUAACCGGAUUACGUGAGGCGGUUGACCGAUUAAAGCGCAAGAGCCGUAGCUUCUACCUUGCGUCGUCGACCUUCCAAGGACAAAUUCGGUCCGACCUGCUGCUCCUCUACUCGUUCUGUCGCGUUGCAGAUGAUCUUGUUGACGACGCUGCUUCAGCCGAGGAAGCUAGAGCCUGGAUCGAGAAAAUACACGAAUUCCUCCGAAUUGCUUAUGACGAGACAAAAGGAGGACCUGUCAGCGCAGCAUACGUCCUCGAGCACUUCCCCAAGGAGACGCAGUCAGCAUUACUGCAGCUGCCAAUCACGAAGCUCUCCCGCGAACCUCUGGAGGACUUACUGCAUGGGUUUGAAAUGGAUCUAGCAUUCAACACAUCUUCGCCAAUAAAAACAGAGGAGGACUUGGAGAUCUAUGCGCAGCGUGUCGCCGGCACCGUGGCGCAAAUGUGCAACGAGCUAAUCUUUCACAUUUACGAUCCUACAACUCCGCAGAAGGACCGCCAGCGCAUCAUCAAGGCCGGUAAUCACAUGGGUAUUGCGCUCCAGUACGUCAAUAUUGCGCGAGAUAUUGAAGUCGAUGCCAAACUCGGUCGCGUCUACCUGCCUCUGUCGUGGCUCCAAGAACACAGCUUGAAAUACGCCGACGUCGUGCAGCACCCUCACGGCGAUGUCAUUGAGAACAUGCGCACCAGACUCUUGGCGAAGGCUUUUACUCUGUACACGAGCGUCAGAGGUGCUAUCGAGGAGCUUCCCAUCGAGGCUCGUGGUCCUAUUAGAGUCGCUGUCGAGAGUUAUAUGGAAAUCGGCAGAGUCUUGCAACAGGAUGGCUACGUCGUCAAAGCCGGUCGGGCGACUGUACCGAAGGCUCGUCGACUGAGAGUCGCGUGGAGCGUAUUGAACCAAUAG